AUGCCUUCUGAACAGACUGUCCUUUCGCCAGCGCCUGCACCUCCGAUCAAGUGCGUCGCGUGCAUCGCGGGUAGGGUUUCGGUGGGCUUGGUUUGCUCCAGCACACUCAGCUCAUUGAAAAAUUGGCGCAUUUCUCUUGCGAGAGUAUCCCAGAGUGCGUUGUCCAUGCCAAAGCUGUCGGGAUCGCUCUACCUGGUCUACUCGCUCUCUUCAUGGGGUUGA